CUUGAAUCUGUACGCAUGCCCUCGGACGCAAGCAAACCGCGCAGGCGAUUCGUUGGGACGAAAUCCGCGACGCCAUCGCGUCCGGGCGUGGCCUCCGUCCUGAACAACCAGAUCCCGCGUGACAUCCUCGAAGACGCCAACCUAAACGCGGCCAUCGCACUUCUCCCGACGAACUAUUCUCUCGAGAUCCACAAAACCAUCUUCCACGUCCGCAAAAACAAUGCAACGAUGGUUGCACUGCAGAUGCCCGAGGGUCUGCAGAUGUUUGCGUGUGCGAUUGCGGACAUCAUCGAAAAAUUCACCCCGGCGUUAACGGUCAUCAUGGGAGAUGUGACAUACGGUGCUUGUUGCGUGGAUGACUACACUGCCGUAGCACUAGGGUGCGACAUGCUGGUACACUACGGCCACAGCUGCCUCGUCCCCAUGGAUCAAACCUCAAUCAAAACGUUGUAUAUCUUUGUGGAGAUUGGCAUCGACUCCGCGCAUCUGGCGCAAACGAUCCGGCUCAACUUCCCCGAUGAUCGAAGUCUGUUCCAUGCUGCUCUUCUGGACUCGGAGGAGACCGACAGCCAGAUACCUGCUGGGCAGCAAAUUGGAGCGGCGUCAAGAUUGCGUAUCGAGGGCCCGUCGUCGAGCUCGACCCCGUCCGGUGAACCCACAAGACUAGCUCUUGUGUCAACUAUACAGUUCGUUUCACCGCUACAAAGGCUCAAAGAGGACCUGGGCAUCGAAUUUGACGAAGGUGGUGAAUCAUCUGAUGAGUUGAGACUGUGGAGGGGAAAAUAUGAGACUACCAUUCCUCGUUCCAAACCGCUCUCGCCUGGGGAGAUUCUGGGGUGCACUGCACCUCGACUCAAUGACGUGGAUGCAUUAGUGUACCUGGGAGACGGUCGAUUCCACUUGGAAUCCAUUAUGAUCGCCAAUCCGUCCGUCCCUGCAUUCCGGUACGACCCCUACUCGAAAAAACUGACCAGAGAGCGUUACGACCACAAAGAGAUGCAUUCGAUCCGUGACAAUGCAGUGCAAGUCGCGCGGCGCAGUAUCGCUGCCUUUUCCGAUCAAGAGGAAGCCCCGUUGUGGGGUGUUGUGCUUGGAACACUGGGACGGCAAGGCAACUUCCGCCAGCUCCAGGCGAUAACACAUCAGCUACAAGAGUCCCAUAUUCCUAUUCCCUACAUUCCGAUCCUGCUCUCUGAGCUCUCUCCUGCCAAACUUGCAUUAUUUAAUCCGCACAUCUCGACAUUUGUGCAGACCUCGUGUCCCAGAUUGUCGAUUGACUGGGGUUAUGCAUUCGAUCGGCCGCUCCUCAGUCCUUAUGAAACGGCUGUCGCUGUGGGCAAAGCCAUCAGCUGGAUGCCAACAGAGGAAUCGUCUCAAGGAGAGUAUCCGAUGGACUUUUACUCGGCUGGCAGUCCGUGGGCUAUCUCAAGGACUAAUGCACGGUUUUAAAGAUGCAGGAGGUAGAAAAGGACAUUCCAACAGAUGGAGAGAAUACAUGGAUGUGUUUCAAGUCCCUAAUUUCCUCGUUUCCUUUGCAAUUCAGAACCUAGGGCGGCUAUUGCACUAGGACUGGAUAAGUAAUCCAUCAGGCUAUACCUGAAAGUUCCAACGCACUGCAGCUAAUGGUGCACGAGCUGAUGCAAUCUUCACAGUCCAUCGUGGAAGAAUGAUGAAAGCUAGCGCAGCACCCUGAACAGUAAUCUGGGCAUUCCUGAAGACCGAUUCGAAGGCGUCAGUAGCGCGUGUGGCUGAUUGUAAGUAACACUCGCUGCGAAGGGCUUGAUCUGGUUGCACUGCGACUGGACGCCGAUGAAGAGGGCGAAGAGAGGAAGAACAAAGCCGAAACGCAUUGGAGUAAAUAUUUCAAAGGAAUGUCUUUGGAACAUUACAGUAAUUCCAGUGCUUAAAUAUGCCAGAGCCGAGUCGCAGUCCCAUGAUCCAGUUCAAGGUAGCUGUCGGCCAGCUCCACGGCGCGUAUCGUUUUC